UCAGCUUGACGUGAGGGUGGGUUGAGUCAAACUUGCCACUCCCCGCUUAGGCCUUCUCGGGUGCGCGCCUCAGCUUUACGCGCUGUCACGCUUUACUACCGACAGGCACGGAAUUCCAGGGAGGAAGUCACUGAGAUUUGGAAACGAGCAACGCCAAACGGUGCCAAAAAAAGCUAACCUGGGGACGAGGGAGACGCCAAAACACAACCAUUCAUCAUCGGGAACAGUAAAAACAUUUGAUUACAGAAUAUGGACUAGAGGCGCAGCAGAUGGAGGCGGUGAGAAGUUUGGUUUUUGUCGGGGCCGUACUGCUCGGAGUUACGGGCGCGUUGGGCAGAGAAGUGUGCCUGGGUACUGAUAUGAAGCUGGUCCUGCCCUCCAGCCUGGAAAACCACUAUGAGACCCUGAGGCUGCUCUACACCGGCUGUCGGGUCGUCCAUGGCAACCUGGAGAUUACACACCUUCAUGGAAACCUCGACCUCUCCUUUCUACAGGGGAUCGUGGAGGUGCAGGGUUACGUCCUUGUAGCCAAUGUUUCAGUGAGUCUGGUGCCUUUGGACAACCUUCGGAUCAUCCGAGGCAGCCAGCUGUACAAUUCCAACUAUUCCCUGGCUGUGCUGAAUAACACUUUGGAUGGACAGGGACUCAGGACACUUCGACUUCGUCACCUCACAGAGAUCCUGUUGGGAGCAGUGUACAUUUGGGGAAACCCCCAGCUGUGCUUCCCAGACCCCCAGAACAUCACUUGGAGGGACACUUUAGACGAGCAGAAUAUCCACAGGCGGCACCGACUGCAGUCUCAGGCCCCUAACUGUCCCAGUUGUGACCCUAAAUGUAACAAAAGUUGCUGGGGAGAAACCGAACAGGACUGCCAAAACUUCACUCGUAUUGGGUGUGCACCUGGCUGUCAGCGAUGCAAAGGUCCACUGUCUAAUGACUGUUGUCACAUGCAGUGUGCUGCUGGCUGCACAGGACCCAAAGACUCAGACUGUCUGGCUUGCCGUCACUUCAAUGACAGUGGUGUGUGUAAGGAGAGCUGCCCUCAGCCCACUAUCUAUGACUCCAACACCUACCAGACCAAACCCAACCCAAACAAAAAGUUCAACUUUGGAGCCUCAUGCGUCAAGACAUGUCCUUAUAACUACCUGGCUAUGGAAAUGGCCUGCACUUUGGUUUGUCCCAAAGCCAACCAGGAAGUUAUCAGUACUAACCCUGAUGGAAGCGAGAUGCAGAAAUGUGAAAAGUGUGAAGGAGACUGUCCCAAAGUGUGUUAUGGGCUGGGUAUGGACAAUGGUGUCAUGGACAACCAUGCCAUCACCAUGGUAACAUCUUCUAAUGUGGAGCAGUUCAACAGGUGUAAGAGGAUUUUUGGUAGUCUGGCCUUCCUCCCUCAGAGUUUUGCAAGGGACCCUGUGACCAACACAUCAGGCUUGACUCUGGAACAGCUGAGCACCUUCAAGGAACUGGAGGAGAUAACAGGAUAUUUGUACAUUGAUGCGUGGCCAGAAGAGUGGACUGACCUGGGUGUGUUUGAGAACCUGAAGGUGAUCAGAGGCAGAAUGCUCUACAAAGGUGUGUUUUCACUUGCCAUCCAAAAUCUACACAUCCGCUCUCUUGGGUUGCGUUCGCUACGUAGCGUCAGUGGAGGUUUGGUCCUGUUACACAACAAUUCCCAGUUGUGCUACACCACUUCACUGCCCUGGGGGAGUCUCCUCCAUCCCACCGAGGGUCCCCAACGCAUUGUUAGCCACAACCAGGACCCCAAAGUCUGUGAGGCAGAGGGGCAGAUCUGUCACCCACUUUGCAAAGAGGGCUGUUGGGGUCCGGGGCCCAGCCAGUGUGUGUCCUGCACAGCUUUCCAACGCGGUACCGAGUGUGUAGAGCAGUGUAACAUCUAUCAGGGGUCUACACGUGAACACACAGAUGGAUUUUUGUGUGUCGCCUGUCAUGCAGAGUGUCGACCUCUUAACGGCUCCGCCUCCUGUCACGGCCCGGGUGCAGAACAUUGUACACAGUGUCGAAACUUCCAGGACAACGGAUUUUGUGUGGAUCAUUGUCCCAGUGGUGUGAAGGAGGAUCAGCAAACUGUGUGGAAGUACAGCAACGCUACAGGACACUGCCUGUCCUGCAACACCAACUGCACACUGUCCUGCACUGUGAUGGAUGAGAGAGGAUGCCCCAUUGAUACCAAGACUGGGUGAGUGACAUCGCUUUAUGUUAAUCAUGCUGAACUGCUGGUGAUACUUUUCUUCAUCCUGCUGGCCCUGCUGGUGUUCUACCUGAGGAGGCAGAAGAGGCUGAAGAUAAAGGAAACAAUGGGGAGGAUCCUGCAAGAACAUGAGCUGGUAGAGCCUCUAACUCCCAGUGGUGCAUCACCCAAUCAGGCUCAGAUGCGUAUCCUGAAGGAGACCGAGUUGAAAAAACUCCGGGUGUUGGGUGCAGGGGCCUUUGGUACUGUUUACAAGGGAAUGUGGGCUCCUGAAGGAGAACAUGUGAAAAUACCAGUGGCCAUUAAGGUGUUACGAGAGAACACCUCACCAAAGGCCAAUAAAGAGAUCCUUGAUGAGGCUUAUGUGAUGGCAGGGGUUGCCAGCCCGUACGUGUGUCGUCUCUUGGGGAUUUGUCUGACCUCCGCAGUGCAGCUGGUCACUCAGCUGAUGCCGUACGGCUGUCUACUCGACUAUGUGAGGGAGAACAAGGACCACAUUGGCUCCCAGUGCCUCCUUAACUGGUGUGUCCAGAUUGCAAAGGGGAUGAGUUAUCUAGAGGAGGUCCGGCUGGUCCACAGAGAUUUAGCUGCCCGCAACGUUCUGGUGAAGAACCCAAACCAUGUGAAGAUCACUGACUUCGGCCUGGCACGCCUGCUCGACAUUGAUGAGACUGAGUAUCACGCCGACGGAGGGAAGGUCCCAAUAAAAUGGAUGGCCCUGGAGUCGAUCCUGCACAGGAAGUUCACUCAUCAGAGUGAUGUCUGGAGCUAUGGGGUGACGGUGUGGGAGCUCAUGACGUUUGGUGCUAAACCCUACGACAUGAUCCCAGCGAGGGACAUCCCAGAGGUUUUGGAGGGUGGAGAGCGGCUUCCCCAGCCUCUCAUCUGCACCAUUGACGUUUACAUGAUCAUGGUCAAAUGUUGGAUGAUUGAUCCAGACAGCAGACCGAGGUUCAAAGAUCUGGUCAUUGAUUUUACUGCCAUGGCCAGAGACCCACCUCGCUAUGUUGUCAUUCAGAAUGAUGAGCAGAUGAGCAUGUCCAGCCCAGUAGAAAGUCAGUUUUUCCGGAUGCUUUUGGAGGAGGAGGGGAACAAUAUGAGGGAACUUCUGGAUGCUGAGGAGUAUCUGGUGCCUCAGCCAAACCUCUUCCCCAGGACACAGGCAGAAGGGGCUCAAGCCAACGGGCCAUCCAGACACCAAUCAUACAGGAGCAGAGACCAGGGCUUAGAUGUUGAGCCCUCCAUUGCUGGUGGCCCUCGGAGCAUGUACUCCUCACAGAACACUCUCGGACGCGGCCAGUACCCUACCCUACCACUAGAGGCCAGCACCUCGAAUGGCUUGUGGACUCCUCAGUACCCGAUGCUGGUUCGCAGCAUCUCGACAGGGGCCCAGUCUGACUCCAUCUUCCUGGAUGGGGCUUCAGAUGACCCCUCAGUGCCCCCGGCCAGUCCUGGACGUUACUGCAAAGACCCCACCUACCCCAAUGGGAGUCAGGACACCCUGGAGACUGAUGGGCCAAUUGGUUUUCAUCCUCCUCCUCCUCCCCACCUUCAUCACUCACUGCCCAGGCGAGGUCAUGGUUAUAAUCACAUUCAUGCCUUGCCAGAAUAUGUUAACCAGGAGAUUCAAAAUCUCAAGCCUGGGAUUCCCGAGCGACCCACCACACUCCCUCGUAAAGGCUCCAGACUGGACAGACGCCUCCCUAAUGGCCUGAGCUCCGGUCGCAGUGUGGAGAACCCAGGAUACUUAGUCCCCGUGAGCUCGGCAACAUCCACCUCACCAGCCUUUGACAACCCAUACUACCUGGACCUUGUGCCCAAAGCUGUAGCUGGGGCUGUGGACAGCCCGGGGGCACUGGAGAGAGACGGUGUACCCAGGCGUGUAAACGGGUUUGUGACCUCCACAGCAGAGAAUCCAGAGUAUCUGGGAUUAGCAGACACAUGGAGUGGACCGAGAAUAGUGGGAUGAACUCGGAAGGAGUCACAGAUUGUGUUCUACUGAGAGAAACGAAAGAAUAUUUAUGUGACAGAAACGAGGUAGGUGUGUGUUUGAUAUUGGGAGGAGAAUGUGCACAUGGAAUAUCUCUUUAUAAAGAGUGAAGGACAUGAAUCCAAAGCAGCUGAUGGUGACAUUUUUCCAGACAUCGAGUCACCCAGUUGUGAUACACCAUGACUCAACACAGUGUAGCACUAAUCUGAUGUUCACGACAUCAUUUGUAUUCCUGUCUUCUUUUCAGCAAUCUGUGACAGUUAAGAGACAUAAAAGAAGUUUAAACAGAAUCACUUUGUCCUUAUAUGGAAACAUAUAAUGGAAUGACAAACUCUCUGUGCCUGGUGCAGACACUGUAUAUAACUCGGUACUUGAUAAGAAAAGGAGUUUACAUUUGUGGAAACCCAUCAUGGUACAACGAUGGUCUAUCACAGAAUCUACCAUUGGACUGGAUUAAUGAAUCUUGAUUUUUUUUUUUUUUUUAAGUGUUGAUUUUCUCUUGACCUGUUUAAGGUCUGUGGUUGUUUUUACAUGUGAAGCAUUUCCUUCACUUCCUUCGUGCUACUCAUCCCAGCUAAACAGAGAAAAACGUAUAGAACCCUUUGACAAAGUGAGCCAUUGUGUUCAUUGAAGAUGAUGUUUAGUAUUCUGGUCAGUUUCUCCUGGACCUGAUGGGGUCUUCAGUACAAUCAAAGCCAUUUUGUUUUGGCCAGAGAAAGCCCUGCCGCAUGUCUGGCCAGUAGACAUGCUCCUUGAAAGAAAGGCAUCCUGUAUGGAGAAGACAGAGGCAUUGUGCUGCACUGAUGUUUGUGGUGGUUAGUGUCUGUGGCUGCAACUACUCUGUGAUACAACAGAUUAUAUAUGAGUUAUAAGCAGACUUUUUAAGCUUCACAAAAUCUUAAAAGUAUGCCUUUAUUGAUGCAAAAUGCACUAUCUCCUCCAAGCCUGUGCUAUCACGGUGAGCUUUUUGGUUUUGGUAGCCUUUCAUUGUGCAAGGAAGCAUUACAAGCUACAGCUAAAUAUGUUGCACAAUAAGUGAAGACCUUGUAUGUGUAUAUAUUCCUGUGCUUGUGUUCAACAUAAAACAGUUCUGUGUAAAAGUGAGCAAUGCAGUGGACACUGAUGCUGAAUGUGACUGAAGAGAUGAAUGUUGCUCUGCUCAGUUUGGAUAAUCAAUGCAUGGCCCAAAUUCCUCCUCAGUGAGAACACAAAGCCUUCCCAGUUAAUAAUCAACAUUUUUUAAAGACUGUGGUUUUUUUUGUGUGUGUCACUGUUAAAUGGUGCUGGGCUGGGGGAGGUCAAAACUGAGUCAAUGGUGCCAUUGUCUGACCCCCACCCCCUUGUUGGAAAGCAAAUGCAACUUGCAGGUCCCAACGAUUGAUGUUCUCCUCAGCUUUGAAGAGAGAGAAGUUUUCUUCUGCAGAGGAUCUGGGACUCGGCAGCAGAAUGUGGCUCAGUGUUUGGGGCUCGUAAUCUGGAUCAGGUCUUGAAAAAGGACAUUUGCUGAUUUUCCCCUUUCCUGUUGCAAUCUAAAUGAACUGCAGCAUACUGUGUAGCUGCAUCCAGCUAUUACUAAAGGAGAACCUCUCUGAGAUGUGUAACUUCUCAGAGAUCCAUACAAUUAAUGAAGUGUGCCCAGUAUCAGUGGGAGAAUACCCCCACCCCCUCCUACAUGGUUUUACUCAAAAAGUCAGAUCUUUUAUCUUGAUCAUGUACGGAUUUGGAAGGUUUGUUCCAGAAUAAGAUUUUUUUUAAUUUUAAAAACACAUUUUUGUAAAAACAUGUCAAGAUUCUAUCAUACCUUUGACUACCAUAUACUACUGUUGCUUAGAGUGUAAUUAUUUUUGAUUCAUGUUUAAUAUGACAGUUGUACAUGUUUAUAGAGUAUAUGAUAACGAUAAAGAAUGUUUUAUAUGUAUUGUUGUCAGGUGAAAACCUCCUAGCUCUACAACUUUUCAGGAGAAGGCAGACUUGCAUCGACUAAAAUGUAAUUCCGCAUCAGUUCUACAGUAGUUUGAAGUCUCAGCCUGAAAUUUAUAGCUGCACCCCUUAAUUUUUUAUAUUGCCUAACAGCAGCAUUAAAAUUUAAAAAAUUUCCAGAGGUUAAGUUCUGAGGCACCACUGGUAAGGUGUAAUGAAUUAUAAGCACUUGAGGGCGCUGUUGGUCGUUGUAUAAAAAUCGAUGAAAAAUCACCUCUGCUGGAGAAACAAGGUUUUCCCCUGAUAACAAAUGUCAUAGCACAGCUCCCAGAUGUUCCCUCUUCCUGUAAGAAUGUAACAUUUUUCCUGGUUAUUAUGAGACCAUGGCAUACAUUUUCAUACACAAUCAUAAAUAAUAUAUGGUGUUUACACUGUUAUUUUUGUAUGAUGUUCACUGUUCAUUUUAGAUGUCACAUGUAGCCUAUGCACUAUCAACCGUUUCACAGGCAAGGAGGCAAUCUAAUGGUUAUCCUCAAAACCAGAUGUAUGGGUUUUUUUUCUCUCUUUAUAACUGGUUUUGUUUUGACACAAUUAUUUUGACAUUAAAACCAUUUAAUUAUACUAAAUCCAGUCCAGAGUCUGACAAGUGGCCCAGUGGUUUAUGGUGAGAUUUUCAAUCUUGUGUUUAUUGGCACAAUGCUGAAUUUUUAAUUAGUACCAGCUAAAACAGGUUUUUAAACGGUUGUUUGGCUGUUUUAAAUUGUGCUACUGAGCAGAGGAAACCAAAUCAAAAUGCAGCCUGUGGUUGAAGUGUGUUAAACAUUUACAGAAGUGUGUGAGUUCGAAGCACAAAGCUCUACAUGUUUCCAAUGAGGAGUGAUCUAAAGAGGAAGGAAGCUGUUGGCUAACAGGAGUGUGCUGAAGGUUUUAUAAAGCAUCAUUUAAAUAACUUUUUUUAAGGUAUCUUUUGUAUUUUUUUGUGAAUAUUUUUUACCUUUCACCUUUGUGACAGGAUAUGAAUAAUAACCAUCUUAUGGGGAGUUUUAUAAUGCAUCCGUUCCUACCUGAUUGGUUAGUAAUUCCCAUAAUGUAAAUGUGUAGUAUACAUAAAUAAAAAUCAUUUUAUUUGAUGAUUUGAUUGAAUACAUUGUGACCAGUUGCUCUGCUAUGUGUGUGUGUGUGGAGGGACUAAAUAUAU